CAACCGCAGCCACAAAUGGCGCCCGGGCGGGAGCGCCACUCAGCCGGCCGCUUUAUCUGCCUGCGGGGGCCGGGAGUGGUCUUGGAAUAUACCGAGAGAAAAUACAACGCAAACGGAGCAGAACAGAGCUUCUGCUGGUUCGAACCAUCGCCGGCCAUGGUAGCUGCCGUGUCUCCUCCCGGCGCGGCGGGGGCGGCGGCCGUGAGCGGCGCCACGAUCAUCGCCUCCUUCCACAGCGGCCACUGCGCGUCCCCGUCCCGCGCGCUCCCGCUGCCUGCCGGUGCCGGCGCCGCCGCGGCCAGGCGGUACCACCACCACAGCGGCGCAUGCUGCUUCGCCGCCGCGAAGCCCACGCCGGCGCCCGUGGCAUCCGAGCUGGACGACGACGAUGCCGGUCUGAGCACCAACGGCGCGGACCCGAAGCCGCCGACGCGGAAGAAGCGCCGGUCGCGGAAGGGCAAGAAGUCGGCCGCCGCGCUGGAGGAGGAGGAGGCGGCCAGGAGGAAGGCGGAGAAGGACGCGGCGGCGGCCAAGAGGAAGGCCGAGGAGGAGGAGAGCCGGGCGGCCACGGCCGGGCUGGACCUCGACGAGGUCAUGGCGGUCAGCCCCGUGGGGCUGGGCCGGCGCUCGCGCCAGCUCUUCGACGAGGUGUGGCGCAAGUUCUCGCGCCUCGGGCAGAUGUCCAGCGCGUCCGCCACCGAGGCGCUCGCGGAGGAGGAGCAGGCCGUGCUCAGCCGCGGCGGGCCCAUGUGCGAGUUCACCGUGCCCGGCGCUCAGGACACCACCGUGCUCGUCGUUGGUGCAACCAGCCGCAUCGGACGCAUCGUCGUCCGCAAGCUCAUGCUCCGUGGCUACAAUGUCAAGGCUUUAGUUAGAAGGGACGAUGCUGAAGUGAUCGACAUGCUUCCGAGGUCGGUGGACAUCGUUGUUGGCGACGUUGGUGAUCCUCUAACUGUGCAAUCAGCCGUGUCAGGUUGCAGCAAGAUCAUCUAUUGCGCAACCGCGCGCUCGACCAUUACCGGAGACCUAAACAGAGUUGAUAACCAAGGAGUCAGGAAUGUCAGCAAGGCUUUCCAGGAUUACUACAAUGAGAUGGCUCAACUCAGGGCUGGUAAAAGCAGCAAGAGCAAACUUUUGAUAGCGAAAUUCAAAUCUAAGAAGUCUCUGAAUGGCUGGGAGGUGAAUCAGGGAUCUUACUUCCCAAAUACCUACGCUUCUGGUUCUAGGUUCGAUGAAGGUAUCGAUGCAUCAUUUGAAUUUUCACAAGAUGGCCAGGCCGUUUUUGCAGGAUUUGUUUUCACCAGAGGCGGAUAUGUUGAGAUAUCAAGGAGGCUUUCUCUUCCUCUCGGUUCCACCCUAGACAGGUACGAUGGCUUGAUUCUCUCGGUGGGUGGAAAUGGAAGAUCAUAUGUUGUUAUUCUUGAGACUGGUCCAUUGGCUGACACCUCACAGAGUAAGCAGUAUUUUGCUCGGAUGACUACAAAAGUAGGCUUUUGUCGGGUGAGAGUACCUUUUUCGGCUUUUCGGCCAGUAAAACCAGAAGAUCCUCCCCUAGACCCUUUUCUUGUGCAUACCUUAACCAUUAGGUUCGAACCAAAAAGGCAGAGACCUGGUGAUGCAUCCCAAGGUGGUACCGACCCCAGAAAUUUUGAGCUAAUACUGGAAUACAUCAAAGCUUUACCUACCGGUCAAGAAACAGACUUCAUACUGGUCUCAUGCACAGGUUCUGGAAUUGAGCCUAACAGAAGAGAACAAGUUCUAAAAGCAAAGAAGGCUGGAGAAGAUGCGCUGAGGAGGUCAGGCCUUGGAUACACAAUUGUACGGCCAGGUCCACUGCAGGAAGAACCUGGUGGUCAGCGUGCACUGAUCUUUGAUCAAGGGAACAGAAUCUCUCAGGCUAUCAGCUGCGCGGAUGUGGCAGAUAUCUGUGUCAAAGCAUUGCAUGAUUCCACGGCGAGAAACAAAAGUUUUGAUGUAUGCUACGAGUAUGUUGCUGAGCAAGGAAACGAACUCUAUGAACUUGUGGCUCAUUUGCCAGACAAGGCUAACAACUAUCUUACACCGGCACUAUCGGUUCUAGAGAAAAACACCUGAUUCAGAUUUGUGUCAUAUACGGUCACAUGAUGUGUAUACUCUUCCUCUUGUAAAGCUAUAUAAUUUUGUCAUAGAAACAUUGUGGAAUUUACACGACAAGCCAUUGUUUCUUGCAAAGAUCAUCGAUGGAUUGAUUUCAGAGAAGAAAAUCAGUGCCUUCUUGUAAAGCUAUAUAUAUUUUCCUCAUAGAAGCAUUGUGGAAUUUACACGACAA